AAACAAACAAAAAGAGCAAAAUUUGUUAAAGGCUGCAGAAUAUAUUUUUCCUCACCAUUGCUCAGCGUCAAAGUCAUGGUUCAUGGGAAGAAGUUGGCUAAGGAGACGCUGCUGCCUUCUGUGCUGGAAGACGAUGACGCAGAAACACAAAGUGAGAAGCUGCAGCUGGGAGAGCAGAGAGAGAGACGGACAGAGGUUGACAUGCGUGGGCCAAAGGACAAACGCUCAAGUCCUGGUGGGAAUGUGCUAGACAGAGGUCAAAGAGAGGGUGAAGAGGAAGAGGAGGAGGAAGAUAAUGAAGAUGAGGAGCUUGGAGAAGAGGAAAGUGUUGUCUUUGAUGACGACUUCGAUACAGAUUUAGAGCUUGAAGAUAAGGAGGAGGCGUAUGACCUGACGGGGCAGGCGUGCUACAUGGAGGCGUGUAAGGUGUUACAGGUUGUACCUGCUUCUUACUUCCUGCAGCACAUGCAAAGUAGUGAGCUGUCUAUGAUGCAUCGCGGUCUGGGGCCGAAGGGCACCAAAGCACUGGCAGUUCCCCUGGUAACCAACACUUCAGUACUGAGGCUGAACCUGCGAGAUAAUUGGAUGGAAGGAAUGGGCGGAGCUGCCAUAGCCGAGAUGUUAAAGGAAAAUUGUUAUAUUACAGAGGUGGACCUUGCUGACAACAACCUUGGGGAUUAUGGAGCCAGAGCCGUCGCUGGUAUGCUUAAAGAGAACAGCACCCUGGUGAGCCUCAAUCUGUCAGGAAACCAUUUCACAGACCGCUCCGCUGAGCACUUCAGCCCGGCACUGAUCACCAACUCCAAGCUACAGCACCUGGACCUCAGCUACAACGCGCUGGGAGAGCGUGCAGGAAAACACCUGGGAGACUCUCUAUCAGAGAACACAGGGUUGAGAUCACUAAGUCUGGCCUGGAACUGCAUUCGAGGAAGAGGAGCUGUGAUGCUGGCCAAUGGCCUUGGGGGAAACAUUUUCCUCAGAACAGUGGACCUUUCGUUUAAUGGCUUUGGGAAAGAAGGAGCCGUCGCUUUAGGACAGGCUCUGAAAGAGAACACUGUUUUGGAGGAGUUGAAUGUGAGUAACAACCGCAUACCCCCUGAAGGAGCUCUCCGCCUUGCCAUGGGCCUCAAAGUAAACAAGACAAUCAAAUCCCUGAACAUGGGAAGGAACCCCAUUCAGAGCGCUGGGUGUUAUGGGAUCCUCAAGUCUGUACAGGAAAACCCAGAUUCAGCCGUGGAGGCAUUAGACUUUUCGGACAUCGCAGUAAACCAGGAUUUUGAAGAUCUGUAUUCGGCAGUGAAAGAAAUACUCCCUGCGCUUACAGUAAAUCAUGGGGGCAGAAUUGGCACAUUCAGGAAAGCAAAAGCUUGAAAAGUGUUACUGUAAUUGCUGUACUUUUAUGCCAGAGAAGAUGGAAGGGAGUCUUGUCAAAGCCCCGUGGACGUUUUCAUUGGCAGAUGAACCAACGGAUGGAUG